AUGUCUGAAAAAUAUAUUGUGCCAAUUAGAAGCUGCUUCAAGUGUGGCUGUGGCAAAGCCUACACCCAAGCGUACAAUCUGAGACGGCAUCAGAAGCUGGAGUGCGGACAGAAACCUCGAUUCACGUGCCAUCUGUGCAACUACUCUUUGUUCGGGUACCCGCUCAUCACCGAUCCUCACGGGUACUUUAACUGUUCAACGUGCUUCAAAAGAUACACCCACCGUAGCAGCGCCAUGAGACACGUGAAGUAUGAGUGCGGCAAAGGACCGCAGUUCAGGUGCCGGUACUGCCCGAAGCUCUUCACUCAAAGGAGUUUUGUCAAAGACGCGAAAUCUGGACUUUUCGUGUGUCUGACCUGCACCAAGAGGUACAAACGAAGAGCCGGCGUUCGCGAACAUCUGAAACACUACUGUCAAACUGACGCGCGUUAUGUCUGCGACCUGUGCAAGAGAGUUUUCAAACGACCUAAGUAUUACGCGAUAGAGUCCGACACCAAGCUUUACGCAUGCCUCAAAUGCAUGAAGAAAUACAAGAGCAGGGGUGGCAUUUCUCAACAUGUCCAUUACGAGUGCGGAAUCUCGCCCCAGUUUUGCUGCGAGCGCUGCGAGAAGACAUUCGCUAGGCCCCUGAUGUGCUCGAGGUGCGGUAAACACUACAAGACUAAAAGUACUCUGAAGCAACACCUUAAAGAGUGCGGCCUUCGGCCGCAAUUUUCGUGCCACCUCUGCGCCAAGAAUUUUUUCCUGCAGUUUCGCGAGUUGCGGCCGCGGUUCAGCUGCAACAAAUGCGGCAGGAGUUACAAGCACAGUCGCCAUCUUACGGCUCAUCUCAAGUACGAGUGCGGCAAAGAGCCUGGAUUCGCUUGCCAGAUGUGCCACAAGAAAUUCUUUUACAAGUAUACCAUGAACGCGCACCUGCGAGGGUCGACUGAUUGGUAUCACGUUUUAGAGAAAUCGUUUCCGUGCGAUACUUGUGGGCGGGCGUACAAGUACCGGGGCGGCUUGACCCAGCACAAGAAGUACUUUUGCAUGCGAGAGAAGAAGCUCGAGUGCGAAAUCCCCGACUGCACUUACAAGACCAAUAGGGUCUACGACCUAUCGCGACACAUGAGAAAAAAGCACAAAAUCCACCACGUCGAGUAG